AUGGAAAUGUCCAGCGAGUCAGUAUCUCUGGGACAGAAAUUCAAACCGGUCUACGUGACUCAAGAUUUUGCAACGGUGGAUGACAAGAAAUCCGGAUUCCCAGGAACUUCCACUGAUAGAAUUUCUUUGGAUAACAUUCUAACCGCUCUGUCCGACAAGACGGGGACGACAAGUGGCGUGCCGAGUAUGAGCCACGUGAUUGUCAUGAUGCCCCAAUCCGGUGUGAUAGAAUUAUUAGCAAAGGUGGUAUUGUAUCCCACAGCUGCUAAAAAGUACAUGUGGAUCUUCGGUGAACCGGUCGAUGUACCGAUCAAGACAAUGCUCAAACUUUUGUCCGCGCAUCCAAUCAAGACGAUGAAUGUGGCUUUUUUCCGUUAUUUGCCCAUACUACAUCAGGAGGAUUGCAAUGAUGAUAGUAUGAACAAAUUACUGCGUGACACGGCUAUUCACUUUGGUUGUUCAUACGUUCCUUGUAACGCUUAUUCACCGAUCUCUUCUCUUCGAACCGUUAUAUCUGCUGGGACUGACCAGGAGCGCGUUGCCAUACUGAUCACCGUCAUGAAUCUAUAUGCUCAUGUGAGACACUACACGACCAACUACUAUGCACCACAUACGCCCGACAUUUUGUGCUCUGCAAUACCAACGCAAACUGAUCAAGCUGGUCCCAUUGCACUCAAUCUCAGCAAGGAGUUAGGAGUUCUUCACAAGUUUUCCGGGUUGACAUUUUACGCGUUGGAGACCAACGCGGAUAACGUGACGCGAUUUGUGGCGACAGCACGAUAUGGGGACAAUUCAAUCACCCAAACCGAGGAUGGCGUAGAAGUUGGCAAACAAGCUCUCGUAUCCGGCCUGUUCCCGAAUCGAUUUCGCAAUUUUACCAAUCAAAUGCUGACUGUAGGCAUGGUUUUGGUCCCACCUUUCGUUAUGGACUAUCAACUGUCUCCGUCCGGAUACUUGACCAAAGCGCGAGGGAUGAUGAUUGAUCUAAUGGAUAUUCUUGCCGAGAGAUUUAAUUUUCGUUAUCGAAUCUAUCCGGCCUCAGACGGGCACUUUGGUGAAUUCUCUCUUCGAGGUGAAUGGACCGGACUGAUAGGUGAUCUACAAAAGAAGGAACGAGACUCGGCUGGAUCCUUUUUGGGUCACGUGCUAGACGGUCGUCUGGCUAUUUUGAUUGCCAAACCGACCACAGAGGGCAAACUGUUUCGUCUGUUUCAAAUCUACCAGCCAGAAGUGAUGGGUAUCUUUGUCCUAUGCGCGAUUGUCAGUACCGCCAUGUGCUACUUGUACGAACGAUACAGUCCGUACAGUUUACGAAAUCAAAUUACCUCGUCCCCACCGAUUCCGGAACGAUUCCACUUUUUGGAACAAAUGUGGAACAUUUGCAAGUGUUCCAUUCACCAAUGCAUACUGCGUUAUCCAAACAAUCCAUCCUCGCGUGUCGUGCUGCUGGCUCAAUGGGUCAUGAUAUUUCUUCUAUUCAGUGCGUGGCAAGCGGAUAUCACAUCAUUUCUGACGAGGAGCAACUACAAACCACGAAUAGGAUCGCUCCUGGACUUGGCGGCAGACACCACGUUGAAACCAUUGAUUGUGCGGGGCACAGGAGUUUACGAAUUUUUUCAGGAAUCCAACACAAAACAAGCAUUUCAGGACAUUCUGCGCAGGGUAAACGAUGAAAACCUGGUGGUGCCAAACACAUCCACUGCUAUUUCUAUGCUUAUUGAUAAUCCUGACUACGUCGUGGUGGGUGAUUACGAGACAUUGCGUUAUGCCGAACUAACCUACUGUCAAAAACUAAUGCUGAUCAACACAGAGGUCGUCAUGGGUCAGCAAUCUAUCAUGACUUUGAGUGACGUGGACUGGGUCAAACCGUUCUCAACCUAG